AUGGAGUUCCGUGUGUCACUCACCCUCACGGUAAUCUGUAUGGCAUGCGACCUCACACUGCUGAGCAUCCGCAUUGCUUUCCUCAGUGGCGUCGUCGCGUACAUUCUGCUCGCCCUGCACGAGGCGGUGCUGAUUGCGCUCGCCGUUCUCCUCGCCUCCUUCAUCCUCCGUACGUGUUGGCUGCUAGUAGGGCCGAUCGGCGACGCGCUGCUUCUUCUGCGUGUGGUGGGUCCCCUGUGGCUUCUGCGCGUCGUCUUCACCUUUCUGCCGACAGUGUACAAGGAAGUGGUGCUGCCACGCCGUCACGCAGCGCCGGUGCCGCGCGCGUGGGCGGACGUUGGCUACGCCGUCGUGUGCAGCCUCGACGUUGCCGUCUUCGCGGCGUUCAGCGUGGCGCUCCUACACGCCGUGUGUUUCCUGACUGAGAGGACGCUCUACACACCGAGCGUGGCCUUCCAGAGGCCGCCGGUGUUGCCUGCUGGAGUCUCCCGCCGCAGCAACCCGAUAGAGAGCCACAGUUCGGACGCCGCGGGCCUACACGCAGGAGGCGCCUCGACGCCGAUGCCGCUACCACUCUGGUUGAGUGGCGCGUGUGAGCGGGGGCGCACCCCGUUCGAGAAGCACAGACAGUGA